AUGGCCGCUCUCACAAUGACUCCCACCGUGCGGCAGCCCUUCGCGAGCUUGGAUACGCCGCGCGUACGGCCCUUGCUCAAGUCAAAGAUGAACCUUAAGAACCAACAGAAUGUAACACGACCAUCAGGUGCGAUCUUGUCUGGCAAGAGGCAACCCCUCUCGGAGGUGGACACCGAGAACAUCGACCCCACAAUCUUCAACUCCUCGACAAAACGCAAGCGUGGCUCGGAUGAGGACGAGCAUGAGCCCAUCAAGAAUAUCACCAAGCCCAUGAAGACCUCGCGGAUCACAUUGACAACUGUGAAGUCCAACGCAGCUCCUCGCAUCCCGACCACGCCCCCCAAGGCAUCCCGGUCUACCCCCAAAUCCGCUCCCACCCUCAAACCGGCCGGGCGUUCCCCACAGGCCAAGCCUUGCAAGCCAUUCGCUCGUCGCUCGACCAUUGCGAAGAGCCGUCCGGAGCCUGCAAGCAAAAAGAGUGUCAAUCGUCCCUUUUCCCUUGCAGCCGCGCUAGCAAGUGGCAAGCCGACGAGCCAACCUGCCUCCAAGGCUCCCUCUGGCUGGUCCUUCGACAUCUAUGUAGAUUCAGAACAGGAAGAGAUGACCAAUCUCAUGCAGCACUCUACCUGUGUGCUGGAUAUCAGUGAUGACGAAGGCAAGGGGGGGUCGACAACCCCAGGCAAGGAGAAUAUCCCCCCUGCCGAACUCGGAAUCGACCUUCCUCGCUCUCGUCAACGGGAAUCUCCCGCCGCUGCCGCCCGCAAGUCAGUCAUGAUGGAAGAAUCUCGGGCUCCUCUUGGUGACUUGAUAGCCGCCGACUACUAUGGCGAAGAUUGCCAUGCUUUCUCUUAUACCAUCGUCUAUGACGACGAGGAAGCCGAUGCCACUUCCACCAAAAAGACACCUCUUCCCACCUUACCUCGAUCCUGUCACAGCCGUAGCAAACUCUCCAGUGUCUCCUCUAUUUCAUCAAUUCUUGAAGCAACCACGCCGGUCGAGGACGCCAAGUCCGGACCAUCGGAGGCGGAGGUUGAAGUCUGGGAGAGCGGAAGCGCUGUGGAGGAAUCUGCUUAA